UCAGAACUACCAAUAUAUAGAACACUAAUAUUAUGUAGAAAAUUGAUUGCGUUUAUAGGUAAAUUAAACUGAACUAAUGAUUACGUAUAAUAAAUGAUAAUUAUAUAAUUUUAUUCUCAAAUAUGUCGUCAAUAACAUGAUUUUGAGUAACUUUUUCCUAUAUAUACCGCUAUAUAACCGUUGCUUGGCGUUAGUUUUCGAGAUAUUCAUGAAGGUACUUUUGCUACUUUUUAUAUUUGAGUUAGCUUUAUAUAUGAACAUGAUAUUACUACAUGUAUGUUCGUUGUUUUCGCAAAGCUAAACUAAUCGUACUUGAGUUCCUUUCUUAUCUUUCUGUAUUUACGAAUUGAACCGUGAGAUGUAUAAACGCAUCGUAACACGAAUCCCUGCACGAACAUAUCUAUGUAUCAUAUCAUCAUGUUAGUACGUGAAGUUAACCCAAGUAUACAAUCUCUAUUAUGAUAGGAAGGAAAGAGCAAGGAAAGGAAAGGAAAAGAAAGAAGAAGGAAAAGCGUGUUUCGUUUGAAGCCUCUUGGUAAGCAUAAGUAAUCUCGCCCAUUAGUCAAAGUGUAAAAGACCUCUGAACAAGGCCGUUUAUUAGACCGGUCAAACGUUGGAAUUUGGAAUAACUAUGAUUAGUAAAGUAAAGAGAGAAGAGUAAAGUGAAGACUAAAGUAAAGUUUCGAGAUUUGUGUGUUUGAUGUGCAUCCCUCUGGUGGCGAGUAUAGGAGGGCCGUCAUAACAUUAAUACAUACGUGACCGCACCCGUUUUAUGUGGUUAUGUGUGGUGAUUCAUAGAUAUUGUAUGUAAAAUUUAUUGAAUUCCUCAGGUAAAAAAUAUAAUACAAAAUGACAGAAGUUCAUAACUUAGGUGUUGACGCUAUCAGCUGUCAUGCUUGGAAUAAAGACAAAAAAGAGUUAAUAUAUUUUUUACAGAAGUGGCCAUUUGUCCAAAUAACAAUGAGAUCCAAGUUUACAAACGCACGUCGAGUGGUUGGAAAUUGUUACAGAAUCUACAGGAACAUGAUAUGCAUGUUAUGGGUAUUGAUUGGGCACCGAAUACCAAUCGAAUAGUAACAUGCUCCGCAGAUAAAAAUGCAUAUGUUUGGACACAGGAAGGGGAUGGAAAGUGGAAUCCCGCAUGGGUACUUUUAAGAAUAAAUCGUGCAGCAACAUGUGUAAAGUGGUCACCAUUAGAAAAUAAAUUUGCUGUUGGAUCUGGAGGUAGAGUAAUAGCUGUUUGUUAUUUUGUUUCUGAAAACAAUUGGUGGCAGUGUAAGCAUAUAAAACGCCCAUUAAGGUCCACUGUAACUACAGUCGAUUGGCACCCAGAUAAUAAAGUUUUGGUUGCUGGAUCCACUGAUUAUAAAGUUCGUGUAUUUAGUGCAUUUAUUAGUGAUAUGGAAGAUGCACCUGGUAAUGGUCCAUGGGGUCACAGUAAUACUUUAGGAACAUUACUUGCCGAAUUCCAGAAUACUCCCAAUGGAGGAGGUUGGAUACACUCUGUUGCAUUUAGUCCUUGUGGCAAUAAAAUUUGUUGGGUAGCACACAAUUCAUCAAUUUGCAUUGCAGAUGCUACUAAAGGAAAUGCUGUUAUACGAUUGUAUACAGAGCAUUUGCCAUUUUUAUGUUGUGUUUGGAUGGGGUCUAAUUCCAUUAUCGCUGUGGGACAUAGUUGUAUGCCUAUGCUGUAUUCUAUAGACGAUAAUGGUCAACUAUAUUUUGUAUCAAAAUUAGACAACACACAGAAAAAGGAGGCUGCUGGUUUGUCCGCUAUGCGUAAAUUUCAAUCGUUAGAUCGCCAAGCUAGAACCGACACGAACGAUAAUGCCUUAGAUAGUAUACAUCAAAAUACUAUCAACUGUGUGCGCAAAGUAUCAGAUAAUGAAUUUAGUACGAGCGGUUUAGAUGGUCAAUUGGUAGUUUGGGAUCUCAAGCUUCUGGAGAAUUCUAUUGCUGGUCUCAAGAUAGCAUAAGUAAAAUGUUUUUUUAUAUCAAAGAAAGACGGAAGAUGUUACAUCAACUGAAAAGAUGUAUAAAUGUUAAAUCUGAAACGAAACGAAAGAAAAUAUACAAUUUCUCAUUAAUACUUCAAUUAUAUCAAUUACUCCUAUACAAAAUACAUUAUAUUUUUAGCUAAA